GAAAAAUGAGGCCUAUCUUCUGUGGAAAUUUUGAAUAUGAUGCCCGGCAGUCUGAGCUGGAGCGGCUUUUUAAGCGAUAUGGGAAGGUUGAUAGGGUGGAUAUGAAGUCUGGAAUAUUUUGGCAUAUCCAUUUACUCCCAAGCUAAUGGAUGGGAUUUUCAGAAAUCCAUUCCUGCCUGAGACGCACAUUCUUCUUUAAUUGAAGAAUCAUUCAAUUUGAUCUGCAAUGGCACAACCGUUCCACGUAUUCCUCAGUCACAUAUGCCCUUCACUUUUCGUGCCUUUUGCCCAGCCUUCAAUCUCAGACAUCUUUUGAGGUUGACAUAUUUGCCAACCUCACAGCAGAGGCAGCAGAAUAGAUGGAGAGGGCACUCACUUUCCAUUGACCCACCAUGACUCCUACUCUUUUGGAUUCUUGUUCUUGACACCAAUUUGUUUAAUACUCAAGGAUUUGCUUUUAUUUAUAUGGAAGAUGACAGAGAUGCUGAGGCUGCAAUUCGUGCCCUCGAUCGUAUUGAAUUUGGUCGGAAGGGGCGCAGGCUUCGUGUUGAAUGGACAAAGCAUGAGCGUGGCGUUAGAAGACCUGCUAGUUCAAGAAGAUCAGCUAAUGGGAGGCCAUCAAAGACCUUAUUUGUUAUUAAUUUUGAUACAUACCAUACCAGAACAAGGGACUUGGAGCGGCACUUUGAGCCAUAUGGUAAGAUAACCAGUGUGAGGAUCAGAAGGAAUUUUGCUUUUGUUCAGUAUGAAUCAGAGGAUGAUGCUAGCAGAGCACUGGAAGCUACAAAUAUGAGCAAGUUAUUGGAUCGGGUUAUUUCAGUUGAGUUUGCUGUUAAAGAUGAUGAUGACAGGCGAGGUGGACAUAGUCCUGGGAGAGGUCAUGAUCGUCAGCGUGACAGGAGCCGUGAUGGAAGGCGGUCACCCAGUCCAUAUCGCAGAGAAAGGGGUAGCCCUGAUUAUGGCCGUGGGCCUAGUCCAUAUAAGAGGGAAAGGGGCAGUCCUGACUAUGGCCGAGGCCGCAGCCGUAGUCGUAGCCAUAGUCCCCUUCGAAGAGAGCAGCAAGUUAGUCCUGUUUAUGGGCGUAGAAGCGCUAGUCCAUAUGGAAGACAGAGGGAUGGCCCUGAUCCUUCCCGUGGGUCUAGCCAAAGCCCUUACCACAAAGAGCGUGGGAGAGCUGACCAUGGAAUCUCUCCUUCCCAUAGUCCUGAUGGAAGGGAGACAAGCCCCCAAAAUGGCCGUGGUCCUAGUCAAAGUCCUUAUGAUACUCAGAAGGCUAGCCCUGUAAAUGGCCACGAGACCAGGGAUAGUCCCGAUGGAAAAGGGAACCCUAGCCCUUACAAUGGUUAUAAAGGAAGCCCAAACACGGGGCUUGAACCAAGGGAUAGCCCCAACUAUAGUGGUCCUGAAAGUCCCAUGCAUGAAGCAUAUCACAGUCAGUCACCCCCUGCAGAAGAAUGAUUCCGGUCUGUGGAUGACAAAGCCAGAAGGGCCAAUUGAAUUGUAAUAUUGGGUUAUGGCAGGACAACAUUUUUUUGUCUUGUUUUUAUCAGAGUACUUUAGCGUAGUGGGGAUAAAGAUCUGGAACUUGUGAUGAUGAUGUUGCAACUGAUUAGUCUUUUUAUUCAUUUAGAUAGUUUCAUGUUUCGUUGUCUGCUUAAUAUUGUAGAAUCUUUGUUUACAGUGAAAUAGAUGGCACUUUAUAUAUCUUGAAUCA